UCUAGUGGUGGCUCGCGCGCCGCCCCUGGAGAAGCAGCCUGAAGGUGUUGCCGCCGAAGAGAGCCAGGAACUCCAGGACGCCCCCCUCCCCCCCGCCCAGGGACCCCCAGCCCAGGAGCAGCCCGCCACAGAGAUGCUGAACACGGAGUGGGCUCAGGUGGAGGUGAUUGACCUCAUCAACGACGGCUCCGGCCUCGGCUUCGGCAUCAUCGGGGGCAGGUCGACCGGCGUGGUAGUGAAGACCAUCCUGCCAGGGGGCGUGGCCGACAGGGACGGGCGCCUCCAGUCCGGCGACCACAUCCUGCAGAUCGGCGAGGUCAACCUUCGAGGGAUGGGGAGCGACCAGGUGGCGGUGGUCCUGCGUCAGUCGGGGUCACACGUGCGCCUCGUCGUGGCCCGGCCCAUCGAACCCACCUCCCCGGACUUCCAGGUUAGACAGGUGGGCAGGUCAGCGCCCAUCGUCGAGACCCGCGUCCUGAACGACCCUGAAGAGCUGGAGCGUCGUCUGAGCCUCAUGCAGAAUGGCUAUACCUCCACCGGCAUCCCCACCCUCGCCCUCAGCGCCCCCGCCCCCAGCACCAAUGGACACCCCGCCCCGCCCUACACCAACGGGGAGCAGCCGGACCUCCUCAACAGGGAGAAGCUGCCGCGAGAGGCCGCCACUACCGCCACCACCGUCACCACCGAGGCUCACCUUCACUACCAGCAGGCUCAGGUGGAAGGAGAGGGCGGGUCGUCUGCCUCGUCUCUCUCGCCGCCCGUGGGAGGAGGAGGAGGAGGAGGCGGCCCGCUGACGGACUCCCACCCGGAGCCCCUGGAGGAGGAGUCGGCCACUCGCACGUACACCGAGGAGGAGCUGAGUCUGCUGGCCGAAGAAGGGCUGCCGGAGAUGGAGACGAUCGAGCUGGAGGUGACGAAGGACCAUCAGGGCCUCGGAAUUACCAUUGCUGGAUAUGUGUGUGAGAAAGAAGAGUUGUCGGGCAUCUUCGUCAAGUCUAUCAACGCUGGCAGUGCUGCGGACCGGAAUGGCCAGAUCCAGGUCAACGAUCAGAUAGUCGAGGUGGACGGCCGGAGCCUGGCGGGGCUGAGCAACCAUGCCGCCGUGGACGUGCUGCGCGCCACGAGCCAGGUGGUGCACCUCCGCCUGGCCCGCUACCUGCGCGGCCCCAAGUACGAACAGCUGCAGCAAGCCAUCGCCAACUCCGAGCUCAAGACCACGCCCACCACGCCCAACCCGCCGCGCGCCCCCGUGACAAGAAGCAGCCUUAAGUACAGGUCGCGGGGCUCAUUACGGGCAGGUGCUCCCCGGCGGACGAGCCUCCCGCAGCGCCCCACCAGCCUCAUCACCGCCCCGCUGCUGCCUCCUGCAGGAUGUGGGUGCGGCGGGGGCGGUAGUCUGAGCGAUGGUGGCGGUGGUGGAGCCCUGCCGCAGCCCAGGUCCAACCAAGUGAGCAGGAGCGAGUUGUCUUCAAUCCUGCAACUUGACCCUCGUCGCCCCCGCCCGCAGCGCCCCUCUCGUCUUGGUGACCUCCCCAGCAGCGAGGCGAUCUGCUCAGCUCUUGGGGACCUUGAGAGGGGCGAAGAGGAGUCUGUUCUGGAGGCCAUCAACCCAGCACUCUCCCUACCUACCUCCUCAUCAACACUCAUUGCCGAUGUGCCUACCUUCCCCUCCAUCUCCAGCCAGCCCAUGCAAUCCGCCGGGCUGCCUGCUGGAAUCGCUUCCUCCUACGCGACCACCACCAAUGUGCCUCAGCUAUCAUCCACCAUCCCUCAACUUUCAUCUGAUGUCCCUCCAUUGUCCUCCGGCAUUAGUUCUGAUGUUCGCCUUGAAGACAUUGAGUUGAUGAUUGACACCAAUUACUCCGGGGAGCUGCGGCCCUCCGUGGAGAGUGCCAUUGAACGCAAGUGGUCAAGGAUUGUGGGCCCAGAGUUUGAUAUCGUGGUUGCUCAACUCAGCAAGUUCGAGGAGGGCGGGGGCCUCGGGAUCAGCCUGGAGGGGACCGUGGAUGUGGAGGGCGGCCGUGAGGUGCGCCCCCACCACUACAUCCGCUCCAUCCUCCCCGACGGACCCGUGGGCAAGAACGGUCGUCUCUGCAGCGGCGAUGAGCUUCUGGAGGUAAAUGGCCAGAAGCUCCUCGGCCUCAACCAUGUGGAGGUGGUGGGCAUCCUCAAGGAGCUGCCGCGCUUCGUACGCCUCGUGUGUGGCCGCCGCGCCCCGGGAGCUCCACCGCCUCUCCACCCCAUUGAUGCCCCCACUGCCGACCGGGACACCUUCGCCGCACGGAACAUCUUGGGCGGCUCCCUUCAGAACCUCAUCCCUGGCUCAGAGCGUUUGGUGAAGGCCAAGUCUGACGGCUCCCUGGCCUCUUCUGCCACGGCGGCCACCAAUGACAACUCCUUCAACCGCAUGAAGAGCCGCAGCCUGGAGCCCCUCACUGGCCUGGCCAUGUGGAGCUCAGAGUGCCAAGUGAUUGAGCUGACCAAGGGUGACCGAGGGCUGGGCUUCUCCAUCCUUGACUACCAGGACCCACUCAACCCCCAGGAGACUGUCAUUGUGAUCCGCUCGCUGGUGCCGGGCGGCGUGGCUGAGAAGGACGGCCGCCUCAUCCCCGGGGACCGCCUCGUCGCCGUCAACGGAACCAACCUGGAAAACGCUACUCUGGACCAGGCAGUGGCGGCCCUCAAGGGAGCACCCAAGGGAACCGUGUCCAUCGCCGUCGCCAAGCCCAUCAGUGUGCUGGAGUCGACUGGCCAGCUGCGUUCCCCCGACUCCGAUGACCCGACGGGCACGACUCAUCCCCGAAGAAGCCUGCUGGACGCUAUUCUGGGGGAGCUGGGUUCGCCGAGAGAUACGGACAGUCAGCUGCUGGAUCGCUCUCUGGACGACGACCAAGACCUCAACCGGGACAGCGAGGAUGACCUGCUGGACGACUACGAUAAUGACCUCGAUGACUUCUCCGAGGAACAGGUCUAUAGCGGCCACAGGCAUUCCGGAUCGGUGUUGUCGAGUGAGUCCGACGCCCCCCCUCUGCCCCCCACCUCGCCCCCCCACACCCCCGCCUUCCCCACCGACGAGGAGGAGGAGAUCACGGAGUACGACAAUGAGCUGAGGUGUCGUGGCCCUGGGGAGGAGGAGGAGGAGGGGCAGGGAGGUAUCUCGCGGGUGCCUCCCCACCUCACCCUCAACCUCGCGUCGCCCCCCAACCUGUUACCUCCGAACACCCACGAUCCAGGGGAGGUGGUGUCCCCCAUCAACGUGUACAAGGCCUCGGUGUUGAUGGUGCCAGUAGCGACGGAGAGACUAAUAGGCAGCGGCCCCUCGCCCUCCUCCGCCCUCACGCCCACCGCUAGCCUCCAGCACCACGCAGCCGCCCCCCAGUACCACGCCGCUCAAGGCGGCGGCGGGUCGGGGGAGGAAGAAGGAGGCAGCCCGCACUCCUCGCCGCUGCUUCCCCGCUGGACCGCCCACCCACCCGCCCUCCCCCGCGACCUGGAGCGGACCAUCAAGAUCAAAAAGGGUGCCGACCAGCUGGGCGUGAACAUCGAGGUAGUGGACCAGGGCGUGAAUGGUGUCGUGGUGUCUUCGCUGGUGAGGAACGGAGCGGUGCACAAGGACGGCCGCCUCCACGCUGGCGACUUCAUCCUCAGCGUCAACAAUGAGUCUAUGAGGAACAUCACCAACUCCCAGGCGCGCGCCAUCCUCCGUCGCACCCAACUGGUUAGCACGGACGUGAGCAUCUGCUUCAUCCGGGGCCAGGACGCCGCCGCCUACAGGGAAGCGUCGCUGUUACACUACCGCGACGGACAGCAGCAGCAGCAACAGCAGGCGAUCCAGCAGGGCCACGCGACCCAGCCCCACACCAGCCCCAGGAUCUUCCCCAAGUACUACAGGUCUCCAUACGUGCCGCGCGGGGAGAGCUCCGAGGACGAGGGUGGCGCUGAGGUGGGCGCUGACCUGACCCGCUCCAUCACCGCUCCUUCCUUCAUCACCCGGGACUUGAGGUCACGGGAUCCUAGCCACGACGACCUCAUCGGCUCGGCCACAAGCCUCCCGCAGGGCCACCAGGCAGCCGAGACCAAGGACGGACGCUCGGUGAUCAACAUAAAACACGCUUUGAGUGAGACGUACGUUGAGUCCUUGACCGAGGAGUCGAACAUCUCAUCGGUGCAUAUCGGUGGCGAGGACGACCGGGCUCUAGAGGACGGGGACGAAGGCCCCUUCACUAUCACCUUCAAGAACGUCUCGGCCGCACCCCCAGAGUUCACCGCCAGGGUUGGGCAGGAUCCCGCCGAGGCCGAGGACCACGAGGUUGUUGGGGUGCUACAAGACGACGGUGACCUCACUACCUCAGAGGCACGCUCCAACUCCUCUAGCCCCAUGCUGGAUGGAAAGCACUGGGGCCCCGAGCGCACGGUGGAGGUGCGUCGAGAUGAGAAGAACUCCCUCGGCAUCUCCAUCGUGGGGGGCAAGGUGGACCUCAGCUGGUCUGGCUCCUCUGUCACUGGAAUAUUCAUCAAAAAUGUGCUUCCUGAUUCUCCAGCGGGCAAGAGUGGGCUUCUCAAGACUGGUGACCGCAUCCUGGAGGUUGAAGGCACUGACCUGCGGGGAGCAACGCACGAGAAGGCAGUGGAGGUGAUCAAGAAGACUGGCAACCCCGUGACCUUCAUGGUGCAGAGCCUGGUGCAGUGGACGCCGGGGAACUCGGCUCCGGGCUCAAGGGACGUCAGCCGCCUCGGGACCCGGUACCCGACCUCCAUCACCCCCGCCAGGACACCCACGCCAGAACUCAUCCAGCCCGGCCUGUCCGACAUCAAGAAGCAGGAGAUUCAAGCCAACCUCAAGAAGCCGUUUAACCGCCGCCAGACCACCGAGGACUCCGAGGAUGAUAUUGACGAUGUCCACCAGCAGCAGGGACGCAUCGAGACCAAGCAGGGAGUGGAGAUUGACCGAGCUAGUGCCGGAGCCCUCAGGAGAAACAAGGCCGACCGAGCCAAUGACCCCGAGGAGGAGGACGAGUUCGGCUACACCAACAGUGAGUACCCGGUGUGUUUCCCUCGGCAGGGGGGUGAUGGGACGGCAGGGAGGUGGUGGUGGUAG